AGUCCGGGGGGUGUUUUUUUGGGGGAUGUUUCGCGGGGGGGGCCCCAAGGGGGUCCCCGGGCGGCUCCUUUCGGCCCUGGGGGGACCCGGGGGGGGUUCGGGGACCCCCGCGAGGCCCCUGGAGGGGAAAGUGGCCGUCGUGACCGCGGGCACCGACGGGAUCGGCCUGGCCAUCUCUGAAGCUCUGGGCGUGGCCGGGGCGCGGGUCCUGCUGAGCUCCCGCCACGCCCACAACGUGCAGAGGGCGGAGUCGGAGCUGAGGGGGCGGGGCCUGCAGGUGAGGGGCGUCACCUGCCACGUGGGACACGCCCCCGACCGACAGCGCCUCCUGCAGGCCGUGAGCCACCGGGGGGAUUUUGGG